UGACAACUACAAGUGUUGAUGGGUGCAAAAUAAUUAAAGUAGCGUUAUAUAACAGUAAUAAUUUAAUAAGUAAUGACAUAAUUUGUCCGUAUUUGUCUUCAUUGACUACUGCCAAGAAUAUGGGGCGUGGAAAUGAAAACUUAAAGUCGAAGCAAGACAUUAGCAAGGGCGAUGAAGACGAAAGACCUUUUAAAAAAGCAAGACACGUUUGGCAGAUUAAAGGUAAAUACCAUCUGAAGGAUACAAUGAAUUCUGAGCCUUCGGAACGUGGAGAAUCAUCUAAAAAUAGUGGUGGUAAUUUUGAAAGGAUGGGCAGUGGAAGUAAUAUGGCUGAAGAAGUAAAUAUGAACAUUAGCAGUGUUAAAUGUGACCAUAAAAUUCACACACCGUGUGAUAUAAUAACUAAAGCUGAAAAGUUAAUGGACAGUGAUGAUUCUUCAGAAGAUGAGCCUGUUUCUCAAAACAUUGAAAAAUCAAUAUCUGAUGAAAUUCCUGUGACAUUAGUUGAGUCAAAUCCUAAAAAUCAAGAUUAUUACUUGCAAAAGUGGCAAGCAAGGCAGUUGGCUAAAGGAUUUAUAGAUAAUACAAUUAAUAAAGUUCUUGAAAGUUGGAAAAUUUCUCCAUUUGAUGCUACAGAUUUAAUAGAAACCUGCGAAAAUGAUACAUUGGUUGAAGAUAGGGGAAUAUUAAUGGCUAUACAGUCUCAUGGUCUUCAAUCUAAUGUUGAUGGAAACUCUUUGUAUCCUGUAAAUGAUCCUUACCAAUCAGAAAUAUCAAGUUUUAGCGAUUCUGAUUUGGAAAAUUACCAGAAUGCUCAGAAUGAGCUUAUGAAGACUGAUUCUAAUGAAGCAGUUAAUGAUCCUACCACAUUUUUGGAUACAGCAGUAUCUUUUGCCAUUCAGAAAAAGGGCUUGAUGUCACAGAGUUAUGUAUAAUGUAAUAGCAGUUGCAGUAAUUGUAAAAAAGAGACUAGGACAGAUAUUUUGAGAGAUUAACAUGAAGUUAUAUAUAGUAUUAAAGCUACGACUAAGUUAUCUAACAAGUGUUUGGAUUAUUAACAUUCAUAUUAUUUUAUUUGCAAUGCUAAUAUGUUGCUGAUAAGUCAUAAUUUAUAGAUU